AUGGAGGAGGAUGGCGGCUGCCUGGCCAGCUUCAUCGACCGGGGGAGCGUGGAGAGCCACCGCUACUUCUUGGCCCGGCGGACCGUGCUGGAGAUGCUUCGGGACCGGGGAUACGCUGUGUCGGCUGUGGAGAUCGAGCAGUCGCUCUCGCAGUUUCGCUCCGUCCAUGGCCAGCAGCCGGACCUCGAACGCAUCCGGAUCUCUGCCUCCCUCCUGUCGGACCCUUCCCAGAAGGUAGCAGUGAGCUGCUUUUCUCUUGACGUACUGUUUUCUGGCCUGUCUUCUUUGAUGCAUGUCCUCUCAGAACAAGGUUACUCGUUUAAGAUUUCCAUUUAAAACUAUUUUAUUAGGAUGUGACGAAAUUCUCUACGAACAUUGAACGGUAAAAUGAUGCCUUUGGAACUCCUAAGGAAAAUGAUUUCACUGUAGAAAUGCGCGAGCGCUGCUUUGAGGCUCUGUCGUAUUACUUGCUUGUUCGUCGAAACUUCAUCGUUUUGCGAUCGUGAAAUUUUCUAGUCGAUGAAUUACUUUUGAAUCUUGUAAUAUAUUUGAACGUCUCUUUUUAUCCAGUAGGUGUUAUCAUCAGUGAGUACCUGGUGGCUCUUAUACUUAAAUGUACUUUUAUCCAGAUUCUCUUUACUCUACAUAUGCAUGGAUUAGAUUACUUUGCGGAUAUUGUGGAUAUUAUUCCUCUUGGUUCAGAAAGUAGCGCACUUGAAAUGGAAAAAUGCCAAUUCAAUGGCAUUAAAAAAAAUAUGAUCCCGAGUCUUUGAUUUGAAAUCAGAUCCACUAAAUCCAGUUCCUGGCUUAGAGGGUUCAUUGAAAGGCCUCUAUGCUGCUGCAUAAUGAGUUAGAAAAGCUGAAAACACAGGUUUUCCUGAUGAGGAUUUUUACAGUGAAUUAGCAUUCUCUUUUACUCCUCCCCAGUACUGAAUUCUUAAUGGAUGGAAGACAGAUAGCAGACGUGGAUGGACUUGUCAAAUCAGACACUCGUGAUUUCGCUUGUUCAAUUUUUUAAUGUUCAGAACUUUUGUUAAGGAGCUGAUUUUUCUUCAUCACUGUCUUCUUGUUUUGAGGGGUUGAUCCGGUCUGGAAUUGGGAUGAUUCCAUGAUCCAUGCUGCAACUCUCACCUUAACUCAUUUAUCAUCUUGCAUUUCUGUCUCAUAUAGGUGGAUUUGGAAUUAAAUGCCUCUUCCUUUUCAUAAUUGUAGCAAAUUUCCUACCUCCUAAUUGUUGUUGGCUUAAUUAGUGUUCCUCAGCAUACCUUGAAUAAGUUGUACACGGUUUGUCAAGGAUGAAGAGAUUGGACCACCUGAGGUUUUGAGAUUCCUAGCAGGUGGUCUUUACACAAUGAUCGUUGGGGCAGGAGGACAUGUAUCAUUAUUCAUUUAUGAAACAUGAUAAACAUUUUACAGCAAGAUUUAACGGCAUGUUGGAGGAUUGAAUGCACGCUCAUUUGAUAUUUUUUAUGGACCAAAAUAAAUUAAUUAAACCGUUCAUUAUUAAUGGGUAGCUGUAGCUGUGGACUGCUAUAGAACUUUCAAAUGUCGUGCUCGCUAUCUUCAACAUGUGAUAGAUACUCUCUGUAAUUGACAUGGCACUUGGCGUUUGUGCAAGGGAAAGCUAGCCAUAAUAAUAGAUGUUUGCUCUGAUAUUUGGAAAAGGAAGUAAUUGCUUUUACAGCAAUGUAAAAAGAGGAAAUAUGCUUGGAUCUGUUGCAAAACGUUGGUUCUUAAUAUUCCAGAUACAUCUGGAUAAGAAUCUGGGUACGUGAAUGAUCCAAGCAUCCUAGCUACCCAGUGUCCUCGGAGAGAAAGAUCACCCCUUCCCCCUGCGACAUUUGCGUUUACCCACCCAUGAGAGUUAUGCUAUGCUGUAAAAUAUCAAAUUUAUUCAUUUCUGGCAGGUUCUUACUAUCUUUUGUGGAUCUGGACCGUUCAAACUAGCAAAUUUACGUGGUAUCAUUGAUAGAAUUAAGAAUGAAAUUUUCUUGCGCAUGAUACUAGUCUUGGAAGGUAAACUGACACACCAAGCUCGACAAGCAACCAAGGAACUUCCAUUUACAGUGGAAAUUUUCCAAGUAAGAAUUUAUUUCUAGUUUUGUGGGAAAAAAUUGCGACUUCAAAUAAUUUUGUUGAGAGCUCUUGAAAUCCUUCUUAUCAUUCAUCUUAUGGCUUUAUCUCUAAUAUCUGGAGCAUUUGAAAUCACGGAGACAGGUGAUAUUCUUACUCCCGGAGAAUGCUUACACUUCUCCUUUUUCCUUCAUAGUGUUUGCUUUCAGUUUUGUCUGGUUAGCCACUUACGUAUAUGCUAUUGGCUGUCAUUUUUCUAUCAUUUUCCAUACUGUAAUAAAGCGUUUUAUCAGAAUACGUGAACAAAAAAUACUCUUAACGAUUUAUUCCAAAAGAAGUAAUCAAAUGGAAAUUUAGUGAUGCUUUUAUGAUAAAAGCACAUAGUAGGGUUAUGAUUUUUUAAAGAAAAAUAUCUUCAAUGCAUGCUCGAUGAACAGUUUUUCUUUUCUUCCCUGUGAAUUCCUAUGAUCUGGUGUCCUGAAGAGUUUUUCUUUCUCGACUUUUAGCAUUCCGGAUUGGAGAUCUGGUUAUUAAAUCUAGAUUUGGUUCUCUUUCCAAAUGAUAUUUUUUUGUGUUGCCUGUGGUAUUUUAUUUUAGGUUGCUUUUUUUUGAUGCAGAAAUGUAGUUAAACAGUGGUUGUGCCUUGCUCAUCAAAAUUUUAAAACCUUCAGAACCAGAACAAAUGGGUUGCAUAGCCUAGGAAUGAAACCUGCAGUACUGAGUUGAUGCUAGAUAAUUGGAUAUCCAACCUGUAUAUCAAUUGACCAUCAGUGGAAGAGGGUAGUAUAUUUAACAUAAUGAUUCUCCUUCCAAGGAGAGAGUAGUCCAAUAAUUUAACACUUUUAAACUCAAGGGGAUUACCAUUGGAGAAACACUUUUAUUUUAAACUAAAGGCCAUAUGGCUUCCGAAACAGUAUCUAGGUCAGAUUCUCACUUUUACAGAGUUCUUGAAGAGUUGAACAAGAAGGACGAGAUUAUCAAUGCCUGAAAUACUUUUGACUAUCAUUUUGGUCGUAUAUUCGUAUACCUAUGCGUAUAUAUAUGAGCCAUUUGUAUCAUUGAUUUUUGUGGGUGAAGAUGCAAAUUGUUUUUCAGGCUUUGUGACCAUGAAAAAAGUAUUUAUUAUCAUAUAAAAUAUCCAUAAACAAGUUCUGAACAGCUUGGGAUUUUGAUGAUGAAAGUUGCUAUUCCAAGUCAUUGCUGUUCUCUUCUGUUUCGGUUUUAAGGAUAAGGAAGCUCACUGGCAAGUCUAUAUCCUUCAGGGUUUACGUUUAUAUUAUCUUUACAUUUUUUAUGUUUGCUUCUACUCUAUGAGUGAAUUCCUAUACUAGUGCAUAAUCUGAAUUAAUUUGUGCAAAUUGAUAUUCAUUCAUGACAUUUAUAAUUUAUCGUUUUAUUUAAUUUCCUCCUAAUCGACUCUCUUUUCUCGAGUUCAGAUUAAUGAGUUAUUGGUGAAUGUCACAAAGCAUGUGUUGAUGCAAGCUCAUGAAAUUCUGACUGAACAGGAUAAACAAAAACUUCUAAACAAGUAUGGAUUGAAAGAAAAUCAGGUAAUUCUGGAAUUGUUGAUCCAUUCUUCAUAAUUUUGCAAGAUAAUGUCCAUUGCUAAAUUUUAAUUUUAGUGGCUGGGAAGUUGUUCAAACAACGUUGGUAACAACAUCAUAUCCUUUUCGAUGAACUGGAUCUUUGAGCAUAUCAGCACACUAGAAAAUUUCAUCAGCAUCCGCAUCUAUGAAUCUAGAUUGGCUGCUUAAUAUUUUAUUUAAACCUAGGCUAAAGUUUAGGUCAAUAGUCACAUUAUACUUUAAACGGGUCGGACAUGUAGGUUGAAAUAUAAAAUGUUAUCGAUAUGAUUAGUCCUUUAAUGAACUACGUGCCGAUGUAUCAUCAAUUACCCCAUUGGUGAUGCAAUGCCUUGCAUAAUUUCCAGUGAAGCACAGCAAAGGGUUCUGUCUCAUCAGUCAUUUCCGUUGGAUGCUUCUACUCUUCUAAAUGUCAUUUUUGACAUAGUUUUCUAAGCCUGAUUUUCUUCUCAUCUUUUUACGAACCGUGAAAUUACAUUAUUGAUAUAAACUUAGGAGCAAUUUCUUCCGGCCUCUUUAGUCUCCAAUGAAUGUGCUACUCUUCUGAUAGAAAGAUAAUUAUUCAACUAAUCACGCAAUGUUGGAUGGAUCCUACCUUGAUACCCUUACCAAGAAGGAUUUAUCGUCUUCCUCAGCUCCCUCGCAUGUUAGCAUCCGAUGCCAUUGCGCGGUACUACGGUCUUGAGCCUGGUCAGGUAGUCAAAGUAACCCAUGAUGGAGAAGAUACAGGGUUCCAUGCUACUUACCGCUGUGUUGUAUAG